CAAAGGGCGCCUGGAGUCUUUGGCUCAGACACACUCACGAGACUCUUGCGCACAUUCAAUAGUGAAAUAAAGUUCAUAACGUCACUAUUUAACGGCAGUAUAACGUGACAUAUAGCGGCAGGUGUGUUUAAGAGCGGCUUCAAGUCAGUUAGCGCCAAAAGCUCAGGGCUCGAGACCUCACUGUGUCUGCUGAGAGCUACGUCAUCCCGGUCUCCGGUAACCGGCACUGACCCUGACCCUUAAGGAACAGUAGUAGCCGCUGUGCUCGCUUCUUAGUCCUCGUCCAGAUGUGUCAGGUGGACGAAGACUACCGCGAGGAGCUGGAGAGCGCGCACGUGCCCAGUGUCUCCAAGAAAUGUGUCAAAUGCAAAGAGGCAACUGCAGCUGUGGUCAUCAGGGUGGGAGAUACAUACUGCAGGGGCUGUUUCAAGGAGUACUUCAUUCAUAAGUUCAGAGCCAUGCUGGGUAAAAACAGGAUCAUUUUCCCUGGAGAGAAGGUGCUGCUGGCGGUAUCUGGAGGUCCUUCUUCCUGCUCAAUGCUCAGUCAAGUCCAAGAGGGUUUAAGUCAGAACGCUCACAAGAAGUUGAGAUUCUUACCUGGCAUUGUCUACAUUGAUGAGGGUAGCGCUGUAGGUCAGUCUGUGGAGGAGAGACGGAAGACGGCAGAUGAGCUGCAGGCUGUGUUCAAAGCAACUGGUUUCCCCUUCCACAUCGUGCCUCUGGAACAGGUUCUGGACCUUCCCAGUUCAGUUGUGGUGAUGGCCCCAUCGCCUGCAGAGCGGCCGGCCAGUGCCUACAAAGCCGCUGUGGACCAUUUCAUCCAGAGGGACAGCAGCAACUGUUUGACACAGAGGGAAGUGGAGGAAACAUCACUUCUUGACGUCCAGGAGUCCCACACACAGUCACUGCAGCAGCUGAUCGGCUCUGCUAAGACACUGACGGCCAGAGAGGACCUGCUAAACACACUAAGACAGCAUCUGCUGGUGCACACAGCUCGUUCUGAAGGCUACAGUAAAGUGAUGCUGGGGGACAACUGCACCAGACUGGCUGUCAAACUGCUCAGCAGUAUAUCUCUGGGCAGAGGAGCACAGCUGGCUCAGGACACGGGUUUCUCAGACUCCAGAUAUGGUGACAUAAUAUUGGUGAGACCAAUGAGGGACUACUCGGCUAAAGAAAUAGCCUACUACAACCACAUGUUCAAUGUGCCCUCUGUUUUCAUCCCAAGCCUGGAAACUAAGACAACAGACAAAGCCAGUAUCCAGCGUCUGACUGAGAGCUUUGUCACUAAACUGCAAGCGGACUUCCCCUCUACUGUUAGCACCAUCUACAGGACCAGUGAGAAGCUGCAGACAGCAUGUAAGAGCUCUUCAACAGCUGGCCACUGUGGCAGAUGUCUGCUCUGCAUGUGUACCCUGGAUACUGCUGCAGAGGAUGCUUCAGCCUUCAAGGCCACACUGAUCUCAGAGCAGCUCUCCCAGACUAAAUCUCCACAAGCUACCAGUACUGAGAUCCUGAGACAAAACCCAGCUCCAGUGGAGCCAGAACCAACUGCUGGACAGUGCUGUUCCUCUGGAGGAGGAGAGGAUUGUGGGAGAGCAGCAAGUGGUGGAGGCUGCUGUUCUUCUGCCAAGGUACCAGAGACAACCCAUCUAAAGAGCCUGCUGUGUUACAGCUGUCAGCUGACCAUCAAAGACAUGUCUUCAGUGGAACGGCUCCCGCUGUACAUCCUGUCCGAGGCUCAGAGGAGGCAGAGAAGGUCUCAGAUGAGAGAGGAGAUCAGCGAGUUCCUGCUGGAUGGCGGUGAUGAAGGUGUCUAGAGAAAGGAGGCUGAAGCGGCUCCAACAGUCCACUCUGAAAAAAAUACACCACAAGGACUUUUAAAUGUAAAUGCUUAAUAAAUGUAUUAAGGGAAGUUUUACCAAACCAGCCUUACAUUAUCUAUAUGCCGUUACCCUGUGCAGGGUCAUAGGGGCUGGUGCUGGAGUGGGAGGGGGGAUACAACAUUGACGAAUUAUCAACACUUCACGGGGCUAGGCGGGUGUGCUAAAACAAUGCAGGAGGCUGCAUUACACCUUUGAAACAUGAAACAUAUCUAGGAAGUCCAGUUCUGUCGGACCCACCUCCUGCAAACAGAACAGAUUAAAGUAUUUUAUUUUUAUAUGUAAAGUUCUCCUCAUCCAUUCAUUAUCUGUCAUUAAAGCUGGUAAACAGUGACAUUUAACAUCCCUGCCCAUGCUGGCAUUUCCAGAUAAACAGAACUAGUGAAGCAGAUCACAGAUCAGUUUGACUUGACGAAAUUUGUAUUUGUUAUUACUAUUAUAAUAAACUUUAUUUAAAUACACGGUGUGUAUGCACAAAA